UCAAUCUCUUACACAACCGUGCCCGUUCUUCAUUCUGCCUGCAUCUUUCGCCGGUGUGUUAACUCAACACCUACUGUCUCAUUUUUAACUCCUCAAUCAAACCACGCUUAGGAAAUGAGUGGGGACCAUUCCCACAGCGAGGACCAGAUUAACUGUGGCUCCCGUGUCAAUGACUCUCACAAGCAUAAAGACAAAUAUAAAGACAAAGAACACAAACACAAGGACCACAAGAAGGACAAGGAACGGGAGAAAUCAAAGCAUGGCAGCAGUGAUCACAAGGACUUCUCUGACAAAAAGCAUCGAGACAAGGAGAAGGAAAAGAUGAAGCACAAAGAUGGGAGCACAGACAAACACAAGGACAAGCACAAGGAGAAAAAGAAGGAAGAGAAGAUGAAAUCCCUUGAUGGUAAAGUCAAAAAGGAGAAAGAGAACGGCUUUGCCAGCCCUCCCCAUAUGAAGAUUGAGCCGGAGGAAGACUUUUACCACUCUCCUAAACUUGCGAAGUCUCUAAAACGAGAACGGGAUGAUGACAAUGACUUGGACUUCAAGCCUAAGAAAAUUAAGACUGAGAAUGAUAAGAAGGCUAAAAAAAGAAAACAAGAAGAUGAGUCCAAAAAGACAAAAGAUAAAAAAGCAGAAGUCACUGGAAAAAAGAAAGUAAAGAAAGAGGCAGAAGAAAAGUGGAAAUGGUGGGAGGAGGAGAGGUACACAGAUGGUGUCAAAUGGAAGUUUUUGGAACACAAAGGGCCAGUGUUUGCACCACCGUAUGAGCCUCUUCCUAGCAACGUUAAAUUUUACUAUGAUGGUAAACCUAUGAAGCUCAGCCCAGAAGCGGAGGAAGUGGCAACGUUCUUUUCCAAAAUGCUGGAUCAUGAGUACACGACAAAAGACAUUUUUCGUAAAAACUUUUUUAAAGAUUGGAGGAAGGAAAUGACCUCAGAGGAAAAGGCCAAAAUUACAGACCUAAAGAAAUGCAACUUCACUGAGAUGAGUGAAUAUUUCAAGGGACUUUCUGAAGCCAGGAAGGCCAUGACGAAAGAACAGAAACUGAAAAUCAAAGAAGAAAACGAGCGCUUGUUGCAGGAGUACGGUUUCUGCAUCAUGGACAACCACAGGGAACGUAUUGCGAACUUUAGAAUUGAGCCUCCUGGCCUUUUCCGAGGUCGCGGAGACCACCCGAAGAUGGGCAUGCUCAAACGGCGCAUCAGGCCACAAGACAUCAUCAUCAACUGCAGCAAGAACUCCAAGCACCCUGAGCCGCCUCCAGGCACCAAGUGGAAGGAGGUUCGUCAUGACAACAAAGUGACCUGGCUGGUGUCGUGGACGGAGAACAUUCAAGGAUCCAUUAAAUACAUCAUGCUGAAUCCCAGUUCUAGGAUCAAGGGAGAGAAAGAUUGGCAGAAGUAUGAAACGGCCCGCAGAUUGAAGAAAUGUGUGGACCGCAUCAGAGCUCAGUAUCGUGAAGACUGGAAAUCUAAGGAGAUGAGGGUCAGGCAGAGAGCUGUGGCAAUCUACUUUAUUGACAAGCUGGCUCUGAGAGCAGGGAAUGAGAAGGAGGAGGGGGAGACCGCAGACACUGUCGGCUGCUGCUCCUUGAGAGUUGAACACAUCAAACUGUAUCCAGAGAAUGAGGGUCAGGAAUACGUAGUGGAGUUCGAUUUCCUGGGUAAAGACUCCAUCCGCUACUACAACAAAGUCCCAGUGGAAAAAAGGGUAUUUAAAAAUUUACAGUUGUUUAUGGAGAACAAAGAGCCAGACGAUGACCUGUUCGAUCGUCUGAAUACUUCAGUCCUCAACAAACACCUUCAGGAGCUGAUGGACGGUCUGUCGGCUAAAGUUUUCCGUACUUACAAUGCCUCAAUCACCCUGCAGCAACAGUUGAAGGAGCUCACAAACGAGGACGAGAACAUUCCAGCCAAGAUUUUGUCCUACAACAGGGCCAACAGAGCUGUGGCCAUCCUGUGUAACCACCAGAGGGCUCCACCCAAAACAUUUGAAAAGUCUAUGCAGAACCUGCAGGCGAAGAUUGAUGCUAAAAGGGACCAGCUUGCAAAUGCUAAGAGAGAUCUGAAAGCUGCGAAGGCUGAUGCCAAAGGAUUGAGAGACGACAAGUCCAAAAAGACAGUGGAGACCAAGAGGAAGGCAGUCCAAAGGAUAGAGGAACAGCUGAUGAAGCUGGAGGUGCAGGCCACUGACCGUGAGGAGAACAAGCAGAUCGCUCUGGGCACUUCCAAGCUCAACUAUCUGGACCCUCGCAUUUCUGUGGCUUGGUGUAAAAAAUGGGGCAUCCCUAUUGAGAAGAUCUACAAUAAAACCCAGCGUGAGAAGUUCGCCUGGGCCAUUGACAUGGCAGAAAAAGACUUUGAAUUUUAAAUCCCAGUUUGUGGUUUUAACUAUGAUACACUCAUUUUUUUUAUCGGAUACUUGUUUUUUUCCUUCAGCUUAAAUGAAUUUUGCUCGAUGGCCAGACCUGACGAUUUUCCGACAGUUUGAGCAGAAAAAACAGCUACCAUGUGGUAAUCCAAGGUGAGGCCAUGAGUGUUGUGGGCAGCCUAAACAUCUGAUCUGAGAUCAGGCAAAAAGGCGAACUAUAUCCACAGCUGAGCAUCAAGGCAUAGUCCCAGUAAUUGGAAGACCCUUGUACCUUUUGUCUUGCUCCCUCACUGGGAACAAAACCUGGCAAUGCCUGAACUUUGAACUCUAUGGUCCUAUAGCUACUGUAUUAGCAAAAACAAAAUGCUUUGUAUUUUAUUUUCUUUGUUCACUUGCUCUGUAUUUUAGCCCUCCCAUGUAUUAUUAACGAAUUCUAUAUUUUGAUAGACAAAGUUAAAUCAAAUUAAUUCCUUAAAUACACCCACGCGCCUUUUGAGGAAAUGGAAAUGUGAGCUUGAGGUGUGUGUGUGUUGUGUGAGUGUGUGUUGGGGCUAGACCGUAGACGCUGUCUGUUUUAGGGUGAAUAUUUUAAACUGGACUAUGUUGAAUUGUUUAGCAUGAAAGAUGAUGUCUGGGCAGGCAACGGGGAAAAUACUGCAACCAUGUCAAUAUUUACUUAAGCAGCAGAAUGUGAAUAUUUUGUUUUACAGCCUCUAUCAGGGACUUCUUUUUCAGUGUAAAUGUGAACCAAUCAUUUUAUCAGUUGAGUUGCAAGUAUCCUCUGAUUCUCUCUGCAUAGCCCUGUCUACAUCUGACUUUUAACUUAAUUUUAACAAUUGUUCCAAAAAAAAAAAAAGACUCCCUUACCUGUUACUUGAAGUUAAUACUAUGAUGUAUUUAAAGUCAGUAAAUGGAAAAUGUUUUUCUUCCCAGAAGCGUGUGUGAGGGAUAACAACUUUGCCAAAAAAAAAUCACCAAUCUGUUACAAUUUUAGGCAGGAUUUCAAUCAUGUAAAGAUUGAGGAAAAAGUAUGGUAUGUUUUUAAUGUGAAUUCAGUUCAUUUUAUUCCACUCUUACGAUAGGAACGUUGAUGUAAGUAGCUGUAAAGUCAACAUCCUAUUCUUGUUUUACCUUCGUCAUAGCCUUUGAUUGUUUUCUCUGAGUUUACUGCUCAUUGUAGGUUGAAAAAUGAAUAAAACCCUACAAGUAAAAUGUA